GCUAUGUACACGUUUUAAAUGACAAUACCAACGCACUUGCAAGAUUAUAAAAUUCCGCACGUCGCUAAUGGAUCCAGAAAGUUUUUUAAUGAGUAUCCUAUCAAGGACUGGAGUUUUGACAAUUAUUAUCGAUCAACGCACCAAAGCUUGAAUAAGGAUAAAAAGUUUGCCACAAUAAAAUGUAGUUUUAAGAACGAUCUCGAUUGGAUUAUGCAAUCAAAGAAUAUACCAAGUGAGGUAGUCAAUCACGCGAAAUCUUUAUCACUUGAACCCACUCCAAGUAGUUCAGAAAUGAAGGUGAAGUUGUCGAAGGAGGCAAAUAAAAGAAGGAAAGCUUCAUAUACCCAAAAGAUUAUAAUUAAAGGCAGUGGUAGCAUCAGCGUAGGAAACAUAACUAAUGGGGAGCUCAAUAAUGUGGAGUGCCCAAGUAAAAGAAAAGGUGUAAGCAAUGAACUUGAUGAAAAUGAUAGUAUCAAUUCGGGAACUGCUAUGAAUGCUGGUAUGAAUACUGGUGUAGUUGAGCCAGACAAUGUUGAACAAAAUCCAAAAGAUAAUUCAAGUUUAUGGAAAAAAUGGAUGAAGUUUUUGGAAAAAGAAAAACAUAACUUUCAUCCAUACAGUCCCGCUGCACAUAAUAUCAUUCGUUGUGGUAAAGGCAUUUCAUCUCGUCCUUUUCUUGAUGAAAGUCUAUAUAAUGAUCACCUUAACACCCAUCUGAUUAAUGAAUUUCCCAUUCCGUCCAAAUGCACUGACUACAUUGAUCAAGUGAUUGAUAGCGUUGAUAUAAAUUUAUUUAAGAAAUCAUUGAACACCUUGCCGGAGAGCAGCGAAGAUUGUGAAUUUUUGCAAGAAAUGUUUCGUGGAUGUUUAAGGUUUUAUACAGCAGUUCAAGAUAUUUACGAUGGAGAAGCUACAUUCAAAUCUCUUUUUAUAUACCCAUUUCUUGAAGCAGUCGCUAAUGGAGUAACAGUGAAUCACUGCGGUGCGGAGCUUAAAGUAGGUGAACCUGUCUUGAAAUCGAUGAGCAAGCAGUUGAAGGAGUUGGACUUACUAGUGGAUGAUAAGAGCCAAUAUAAGGCAGAUGGGAUUAUCAAGCUCUUUAAAAUGAAAGAGAUCGAAGUAUUGUUUUUAGAAGUAUCUGGCUCCUUUGGAAAUAAAGAGAAAGUCAAAAUCAACUUUGACCAUCACAAGGGAACGUUUGGCUCGUUGGCCAUCUUAAAGACCAUUGCCGAUGAAUUUCGUUUUGCUUCAGUUGAUACUUUCAAGACGUUGAAAAUAUUUUUUUUACAUGCUGCAGGUACAAAGUUGCAUUUGUGGAGUGUUUCCUUUUGCGAGGAAGGGUUCUUCGAAUUAUGGCGAGAAGAGUUCCUGGACAUUAGUCCAUUGUUUGAGGAUCGUCUUGAGUUUCUUCCCCGCAGUAUCCAGUUUUUUUGGAAUAUGAGGGCGUUGUUAAAGGAGACUGUAAGUACAAUUGCAGUUCUUAAAGAAGAGCACCUGCAGGAGAUGCCAAAAUGGCGCUACACUUAUUGCCCCUUCCCCACACUGAGUAAGCUUGUGAAUCCUUUGAUUCUAAAACUGGUACAUGAGGAGGACAGUACUGGCAUGGCAGAAAUGGGACCAUUCUAUACCCCCUCCCCAAGUUAGUGUAACACCAUGAUUUUUUUUUUAUAUGUACAAAUAAAAAAAUAACAAAUACGUCGAGAAUUA